GACGGAACGCUUCUUUCAACAGCAGCAACAGUUACUCAGACACCUCGGUAGUUUGCUAGACAAAAUACACGAACCAAUAAAGCUCUUUAGACGCUUUCGUGUAUAUUAGCCACUUUGUUUUAAACCCACUUCUGUCGUCUAGUGAGUUAUCCGAUUUAAUUUCAUAUUUAUUUUGUUGUUUUUGGUCAGCUAGCUGCCUGGUUAAGUUAGCACUAGCCUAGCUAGCUAACAUCCCCAACCAUGAGGUCACUCAGCUCCUCUCCUGCUAAAGAAGUGAAAGAGGAGGAGGAAGAGGAGGAUGUUACAAUACAAAAACAAGCGGAGAGUGAUGCUGUUACUGUGAAAGAAGAAGUGAAAGACGUUUCAGUGAAAGAAGAGGAAGACGCGUUCAGAGUGAAAGAGGAGGAGGAUGUUACAGUAAAAGAAGAAGGGGCAGAGAAAGAGGAGGAUUCCGUUUUUGGAGUGAAAGAGGAGGGGGAGAUGACUGUCACAUCCAAAAAGGAGGAGGAAACUGAAUUUCUGGUCCCGGUUUCUCAAACGCAUCUUAAGGCAUCUAAUGGUUCUAAGCGUGAACUAAGCCGUAAGAUGGUUUUGGGAAACCGGGCUGUAAUUAACACUAGAGAGAGAAGUGACUACCAUGGGUCAUCUGGGGAGCCUCAACAACAUCAUGAUGCUGAUGAGGCAGAGAAGAGUCUCCCCAGAUCAAAACACCUCAAGAAACACCAGCGGAGACCCACAGGGAAGAAAUCUCAUUGCUGCUCUGACUGUGGGAAGAGAUUCACCUCCUCAGCAGGCAUUAAAAUUCAUCAGAGAAUCCACACAGGAGAGAAACCUUAUAUCUGUGGUCAAUGUGGGAAGAGUUUUACUCAGUCAACCAGCCUGAUAUCACACCAGAGAAUACACACCGGAGAGAAACCUUAUAGCUGUACUCAAUGUGAGAAGAGUUUUACUCAUUCAACCAGCCUGAUAUCACACCAGAGAACACACACAGGAGAGAAACCUUACAGCUGUGAUCAAUGUGGGAAGAGUUGUAGUCACUUAUGCAACCUUUUAUCACACCAGAGAACACACACAGGAGAGAAAUCUUAUAGCUGUAAUCAAUGUGGGAAGAGUUUUACUCACUUAAGCAACCUGGUAUCACACCAGAGAACACACACAGGAGAGAAACCUUAUAGCUGUGAUCAAUGUGGGAAGAGUUUAACUUCAUCUAGCAGUCUUAUUGUACACCAGAGAACACACACAGGAGAGAAACCUUACAGCUGUGAUCAAUGUGACAAGAGAUACUCUGAUAAACGAUCUCUGAUCAAACAUCAGAAAAUACAUACAUGAAGGAGUUGUUUCAUGAUAUUAAUGAAUUAAUGUCACAGUGUAGAAUGUUUUAACAUUGUAGUAGGAGUAUUAUAAUGAUGUCACAAUGUAGGACCAUAAACGUUUGUCCCCUGUUCUGUUGAUUUCAGCGUGAUAUGGAUAUUAGUCUCAGGGGGAAAAUCCAGGCUCUGAAAUGGAAGAGUACUAUUUAUGUGAUUUAACAAAAAGUGACUAACACAAAAAGAGCUGUGUUCCACUUACCCUGUUGGUGACCCACUUGAAUCAAACUGCAACACUUCAAAAUGUAGCUAGUUGUUUUCUACAAGUUGUCCUUUAACCAGUGAUGUACACAUUAUCCCCAGAUUCCGUGUGGUUUUUGAGCUGUUAGUUUUAACAGGAUGUGAAACCUCAUCUACCCACUCUCACACAACAUGAUAUCGAAGAGUGAUGACAAAUAAGUGUUGUGUUCCUUUGUUUAGCGACCCCUAAAUUUAAAUGCAUCACUCCAAAUGUAGCUGACUGUCUUCUGCAGGUUGUCCUCUAACCAGUGAGGUAAAAGAUAUCCCCCAUUUCCAUGUUUUUUUUUAGUUGUUAGUUUCAACCUUAUUUAACAUCCUAAUCGAUAUCAGUGAUGUAUUGCUACUUGUCAAAACAACAGCAUUUUUGGUGCUUGUGCAAUUUAUAAGGUGCUUUAAAAAAAAUGUUUACAAAAAUGCUCGUAAUAUGAUUAUUGUGGCAGAUGUUUGGGUAUAUAGUACAUUUUAUGUUUAGGUUUUCAAUUUAUCCCAAACUGUUUUGGACUAUUGAUUUGGACACGUUUAAACUGUGACAUUGGGGAUAUCCCACUUAACAAAAUUUAAUUGAAAAUAAGACUAUGCCCGACCUACAAUAUAGGUUUUAGUUGAAAGUGAAAGUUGAAAAGGCUAUUUAAUUUCAACAUACUUGCAGCCUAUACACAUGGACGCAGUAUAAUAAAUUGAGUCUAUAAUCAGUUUUAGGGAUAGGAGUUCUGGUUGUCAUGGUAAUAACGGAUCCGCUAGCGGGACAACUUCCUGUUGGAAUAAUCAGAAAUAAUAUGAACAUACAAGUGUCUUAUAUCGACUGAAAGCUUACAUUUUUGUUAAUCUAACUGCACUGUCUGAUUUACAGUAGCUAUUACAGCAAACAUGCUGUACAUGCUUAUUUAAUCGCUAUUUGUGAUUUUUAUGAAGCCUGUGCUGGUUGAAAGAAAUGUUGUGGGGCACCAUCCUCAAACAAUCGCAUGGUUUCGCUGUAAAGCCUAUUGUAAAUCGGACAAUGCAGUUAGAUUAACAAUAAUUUAAGAUUUUAAACGAUACAAGAUACUUGUAUGUUCAUAAAUGUUUAAUAUUACGAUUAUAGAUUUGAAUUGCGCACCCUCCAAUUUCACUGGAUGUUGUCUACUUAUUAACCUCUCUUGGGUACGUGAGACGUUAACGUCCCACCUCUUCAACAGCCAGUGAAACUGCUGGGUGCCAAAUUCAAAUACAGAAAUACUCAUUAUAAAAAUUCAGAAAACAAAACAUAUUUUACAUAGGUUUAAAGAUUAACUUCUUGUGAAUCCAACCACGGUGUCAGGUUAAAAAAAUAAUAAUAAUUGCUUUACGGCGAAAGCAUACCUUACGAUUAUUUGAGAACAUAGCCCAGCAGACAAAUCAUUACAAACAGUAACCAACCAAGUAGAAGAGUUACACAAGUCAGAAAUAGAGAUAAAAUUAAUCACUUACCUUUGAUGAUCUUCAUAUGGUGGCACUCAGCAGACAUUCAUUUACUCAAUAAAUGUUCCUUUUGUUCGAUAAAGUCUCUUUAUAUCCAAAAACCUCAGUUUUGUUCGCGUCUUUUCUUCAGUAAUCCACAGGCUCAAACGCAGUCAAAAUGGGCAGACAAAAAAAUCCAAAUUGUAUCCGUAAAGUUCAUAGAAACAUGUCAAAUGAUGUUUAUAUUCAUUCCUCGGGUUGUUUGUAGCCUAAAUAAUCGAUAAUAUUUCAACCGGACAAUAACGUCGUCAAUAUAAACGGUAAACAAGAAAGGCACUCUCUCGGUCGCACGCAUGAAAAAGCUCUGUGACACUUUAGGGUCCACUCAUUCAGACUGCUCUUCAUCAUUUUUCAGAAUACAAGCCUGAAACAAUUUCUAAAGACUGUUGACAUCUAGUGGAAGCCAUAGGAACUGCAAUUUGAGUCCUAAGUCAAUGGAUACUGUAAUGGCGUUGAAUAGAAAACUACAAAAACAAAACAAAAAAACUCAGGUAUUCGCCUGCCAAAUCAGUUCUGUUAUACUCACAGACACUAUUUGAACAGUUUUGGAAACUUUAGAGUGUUAGUUAGUUAUAUGCAUAUCAUAUCUUCUGGGCCUGAGAAGCAGGCAGUUUAAUUUGGGCAUGCUUUUCAUCCAAAAUUCCGAAUGCUGCCCCCUACCCCAGAGAAGUUAAGGGGGAAGGUGUUACAGGCUUUGGUUUUUCCAUUUAUGUUUUCUUGCUGGGGAACGUAACAACAAACAUUGGUGUAAAACAAGCUUAUAUUUUGGGUUGGAUGUUGCAUCCAAUUGUUAAUAUUUUAAUCAAUGUCAUUUCCUUACAAUGCUCAUUAGUCUUUCAAUUGUUAGUCUUCUGUUUUUUAUCCUCAUGUUUGUUGUGUACUAAAUAUUUCUGUUUAUUUUCAUUGUUUUUUUUCCCUGUGAAGCCAUUGCGUUGCAUCCAUGUCUGAAAUGUGCUGUAUAAAUAUAGCUUGAUUUGAUUUGAACAUAUUGUAAAACAAAUGAACCCAAUGACUGACCAAACAAGACUCUUGCAAAACCAAUGAACAAAUAUGUGCAAAAGCAAUACAUUUCUUGGUCAAUCUUAGUAUGAUAAACUAUCACUUUUCCCCCUACCAGGGGCUUGAGGUGGUCUCCCACA